GUGCCAGGACAGUACAUCGUCGCCGGCUAUUCUGGACAUGGCAUGACAAGAGCAUACUCCUGCGCUGAAGUCGUCGUGGACAUGAUCGUGGCGGAUCGGGCGGGCGAAGAGUGGGUGCCGCCUGUAUGGUGAGUAGCACGCGAGACGACUCGAACUCUCCAGUUAUGCCUAGCAAAGCUGACAGACUUCUAUCUUCCUCUCUUUACGUUCUAGGUUCCCUCUGUCCUAUCUGACGGCCAUGCCACGACGGAUGGUUGGUGGCGAGGGCAACAGUGUCCCGCAGAGCAACGGAGGGAAUUUCAAUCAGCAUAACGCCUCUCAAAGCGCCGCAGGCCUUCCGAGCACAAGCACGACCACCGCCACAGGUACCUACCACCUCUUCUCCGCCGGCUCCAAUUCGGGCGGUCAGCUUGGCACAGGCUCACAAGAGGACUCGCACAUCUGGUCACCGGCCCUAUAUCGGCCCGCUGGCUCCUCCUCUGAUGCAGAGAACGAGAAGCAAGAGGCACUGGCAUUUCCCCCAGCAGGCAGUCGUGUCCUCCAGCUUGCAGGCGGAGCGAACCACACUCUCGCUUUAGUUCUCGAUGAGAGCUCCGGGAAGAGGUCUGUCUGGCGCAGUGGAGAUGGGGAGAGAGGUCAGUGGGGCGCUCCUGAGCCAGAGGGAGGAACAGGAGAAGAGAAGGAGGGCAGAAGGACAGCCACCCUCUUCACUCCUCUGCCGGUGCCGGCGGGUCUGAUCGAGUCCAACCUUAAGCCUAGACUAGUAGCAGCUUCGUGGGAAAAUAGCUACAUUGUCUACAGCCCUCACUCCUCUGGAUCAGAUCAGGAGCGGGGGGACGAUGUGCUUGUCGUGCUAGGGAGGGAGAAUGACUUUGGUCAAAUUGGACUGGGCAAGACCGAAGGCAAAGCCGCCCCCGGCGCCGCCGCUGCUGCCACAGCCCCAGGCGUAGGGGUCAUCUCCCUCUCUGGAGCGGUCCCAGACGACGAAGACGGCGCGAGCGCCAGAGAAAGAGGCAGGGGCAGAUUGGAGAUUGUGCACCUCGUAGGCAGCGUCCGACACGUGGUUCUCCUCGCUUCUUGGCUCACCUCUUGCGGAUCAAACACGCAUGGGAGGCGGUACGCCCUCAUCGGAUGGGGCGCUGGGCGACAAGGGCAGCUUGGCUCACUCGACGCGCAGAGUACCACACAAGGCAGGAGUACAGGGUCAGGAGCGCCUGCGGGUGCUGGCGCGGGCAAUAUCAUCUGGACCCCUCGGCUGAUCCGACUCUGGUCUAGUGAGCAGCUUGACAUCGACACGCAGGCGAGUCUCUCCCUCGGGAGGGACCAUACCGCCCUCCUCGUGCCGUCUCACUGGCGAAGCGAGUCAAGCAGGAACGAGGAAGAGGAGGAUCAAGGCGAGAGCAGGCUCCUCCUGCUCGGCUCGAACAAGUAUGGCCAAUUGGCCAUCAGCGCGUCCAUUGGCCCAGGUGCACAGAGCGAGGUACGAAACGCGAUCAGUAUCGCCUGCACAUGGAAUUCCACUCUGCUCUUCCUCGCCGAUGGCUCGCUCUUGGCCUCUGGGAGAAACGACAAAGGUCAGCUGGGCGGGGAGACUGAGCAGAAGCAGCAGCGAUCGCCAGCGCUAGCGCAGCUCGUUCGAGUGCCGGCGGUAGAUGCGGGGAGCCAUGGCGGUGCAAGAGCGCUCAAGCAGGCUCUAGUAUGCGGGUCAGAGCACGCCCUCCUCCUCGUGCAGUCUUCCUCCUCCUCCUCCUCCUCCCUUCUGCAGGGAUCACCAUCGACAGAAGUGGGAAGACAGUCGUCCGUCUGGGGCUGGGGCUGGAAUGAGCACGGUAACCUGGCUUUGGGCGGGCGGCGCUUCCCAAGCGAGGGACAAGGCAAGGAGGAGGAGGCAGUCGAGGAUCAGAGGACGCCCGUACGCAUCUGGCCUGCUCCGGCUGCUCUUGAGGCAGCUGGAGAUAGCGCGCCUGCAGUGCACGAGGUAGCGACGCACGUCUGGGCAGGGUGUGCUACGAGUUUCGUACAAGUCCUCCGGACAGGAACGCAGAGAUAGAGAUAGACAGACGUCUCAAAGUGGCUGAUCUAGAUGUGGUGUACA